UGAAAGCAUAUCAUCACUCACUCAAUCAUGUUUUUUAGUGUAAAUUGUUAUAUAAUUAUAUCCAGUAUCAAUAUGUGACAAUGUCGUUGGAUUACAAAGUUUAUUCUGGAUUUUGUCCAGAUGAAAAAUGUCAGAGCAAACUUUAUUUUCCUGCUCACAAGAGAGUCAUAGAAUGUUCAAACUGUGGCCAAAGUCAUUCACAAGUUGACCUUCACAACAUCAUAGAGGUGACAGAUGGGGAAGAAGCAUUCACGGAAGUGUUGAAAUCGAUCGUCUGGGAUGCAAAAUUGCCCAAGAAAGGAAGUGAUUCUAUUAAAGUUCGAGGUUUAUCAAAUUAUCACUGUAAAUUGUUGUCUCCUCUAUUCACCCGAUAUGGAAUGGAUAAAGCUGGAAACCCUAAGCUGUUACUUGAACUUGGUCACGGAGAAACUGCAGAUUGUGGAAGAUUAUUGAGCCAUCGUGCAUUUCUUAUCUCACCAGAACAUAUCAAUAUAACCGGUUAUGGGAAGGAUCAAUCUGGCAGUGUUGAGUAUUUGAAUGGUUUAUUAGAUAUUAUCAAAGAAUAUCACGAAGGAGAGGAACGUCUUAUACCCGUUCAUGCUGAUGGAGAUGGACAUUGUCUUGUUCAUGCAUUGUCUCGAGCUACGACAGGACGUGAAAUAUUUUGGCAUGCAUUGCGUGAUAAUCUUGUACAUCAUCUAGAAAAAAACUUGCAAACUUAUCAAAUUAUGUUUCAAGAUUUCAUUGAUAAGAAUGAUUGGCGAAUGAUCAUUGAGGAAGCUGAUCCAUAUCACACAUCUCCUGAAGGUUUCAACAUAGGACUUGGGAAUAUUCAUAUAUUUGCUCUUGCUAAUGUUUUAAAAAGACCUAUUGUAUUGCUCGAUUCAUUGGAGGGGAUGAAAAAUGUUGCAGAUUAUACUGCAAUAUUUGUGCCUGCUUUAGUCGAACCAAGUCAGUGUCGAGAAAAUCUGCCAUUAUGUGUAGCUUGGAGUGGAGCUAGCCAUAAUCACUUUGUUCCAUUGGUUGGUGUUGCUGGCAGAUCGCUACCGGCUAUUCCUUCAUCAUUACUGCCCAAUAUUUGGGGAAUCGAUACAAAUCAAGGUGCAAGGUAUCUAACAUUCAAUGAAGAUGGAAGUUUAACAGUAGCAGGAGGGAAACCUCUACAAACUGGUUACUUGCUACGUCUGGUGUCAGCCAUGGAAAAAAUAUUCCUGGAGAGUCAUUCCAUCACAGCAAAAUUAGUAUCAGAUAUGCAUUUCUAUGUUUACAAACGUGUUGGAUUUGUUGGACUCCAUCCUGAUGUCGCAAUCGAAAGAACGAAACAUGCAUCACAGAAUAAUAAAAUUUUUCAAUGCUUGGUGUGUAAUGCGUUGAGUCUCUGUAAUGUAGACGAUGAUGGUUUGAAACCGGGUGGAUAUUUAUUUGAAGUCAUGAGAAGUACUCAUGGAAAACCUCGUGAGAAUGUCACUUACAAUUUUCCAAUGGCUGAACUAUUGUGUAGAUAUGAUGCUUUAAAAGACUGUUUAGUACCUUAUCAAUUCCCUUGUUGUUGGUGUGGAGUCAAGAGAUUGAGACGAGUGAAUAAUCUUGGAAGUGUAAUGUUUGAAAAUGGGGAUCCCACGCCCACCACGGCUGAAGUACCAGGACAAUGCUGUGGCUUCAAACAUUAUUGGGAAGGAAAGGAAUAUGAAAAUAUUCCUAAACAAUUUAUGCUGCGUUUAACUAUACAAGGAAAAACUAUUGAAGAAAAGGUUACAUGGUUCUUUGGUGAGGUUGAUUCUUCUCUAAAUUCUGAUAAAACAAAAAUUGCAAAGGAUAUUGCUGAGAAGUAUUGUAGCAUUGAAGAGCCAAACUUCCAUGCUAUUACAAACGGAAUUCUAGAAUCUUUAGAAACAAAUCUCUCACAAUAUGGACUGAAUGACGGAAUUUUUUCUGCUGAUCAAUCCUCUUCUAAUGAAGCAUCAAGUUUUUUGAAGACAAGUCGUAACAAAACAAAAAUACAACAAAAUAAAACAAAGCUAGGUAGUACGUCAACAAAACUUUGUGAGAAUUCACCGAAGAUAUUCCACCUGGAUGAGCCAUCAUUAACUGUAAAAAUAAAACCUGACACAAAAUCUGGAAAAGUAGCGGAUGUUGAUUCACAACAGAAAAGAACAGGUCACACAGAUGAUGGAACAAUUAAAAUUCGGAUUUCAACUUCUGAUGGAAGACAAGAAACUCUAGCAAUAGAUUCUGACAUGGAUUAUACUGACCUGCAAAACACUGUGCAAAAAUACUUUGGAAUUUCUUUGUCAAGGCAAAUAUUAAAACUUGGAUUUCCUCCGAAACUGCUCGAACCUGUGAAGGGUAAAGUACCUCUUGGAUUGAGAAACGGAGACAGAGUUACGGUUGAAAUAAAACGAGAAAAUAAAACUUCUGAAACGGACAAUAAUGAAAUGCCUAGCAUUCCUAGGCGUAGAGGGUUGUUGAGGGAUGCCAUUAAAACUGAUGCAAGGGAUGACACACAAGAUCAAGAUACUUUGCAUACUUUUGUUCAUUUGCUACAAUCAACAAAAAAUCAACAAUCACCAAGAUAUACAACUAUGACAAGUGCAAGUAUUGAUACAGCUCUUUCAGCUGUUUCCAAAAUGGCCGAAAUGACUGGGAAAGAAAGUGUAUGGGAUUAUUCCGUGAAUCAUCCUGAAUUAUUUCAACCUGGUGGAGCGUUUUAUGAACAGUUUGGUCGAGAUAUCGGGCUCUUCCAUGAAAAGCACUGCAAACUACCACUUUUGCCAGGUCAUGUUUUUCGUUAUAAUCAAAUAACUGACAAGAUUGAAUUGUGUAAGGAACCUGAUGGUCACUAUGCUGUAGGUCCUGGUAUUGUCAGAACUAUUGAAAUAAUAGAAAAACGUCGUUCGGAAGCAUCAAAUGCUGAGGAACAAAAUGAAACAUUGACCGAAGAGGAACAAAUGGACAGUCAGGAUGAUAUUACUGGUGCUUCGGUGUUGCAAGAUGAAAUCCAUCCCAGCUUGACUGAAGCAAUGCAAGUUGAUCCAGAGACUAUGAGGCCACAACCAGAUGAAACAGCAAAUGAUUCCACUUCAUCUGGGUCACAGGAAUCAAAAAUGGGUCCCGGUUACACGACCCUGGGGCCUCAACCAACAGAAAUUUCACUGGAAGAAGCGGAAACCGAGAGGAAUAAACUUUUGCAAAUGUUGAAAUCUAAAAAACAAAAUGAGGAAUAGUUUCGCUCUAUGAGCUGACCCCCUGUCUUACCCCAAUGCAUUGUUUUUUUGAUUUGUGAUGCUUUGUUUGAUUUGUCUAUUUUUUGUGCAAUUUAAUUCUAGUAUUAUGUUAUUCAUAUGUAUAGUUUCAGAAGUAAAUUCUACGAAGUAAA